AUGAGCAGUCAGUCUUUCAGAACUGCCAAUUAUAUAAACGCCCAGUUUCUGGGUCGUAAAAGACCUACAAUUGAAGUAAUAGGUGAUGAAGUAGAAGAGAUGCGAAGUUUACCCGUUAGCAUGGUUUUAAUGAGUACUGAGACCACGGAGGACCGCGAACAUGUUAUGUUAGAGUGUCAGGAACUGUUCGAGAGUCUGGAGAAUACUAAGGUUGUAUUAUUGAAGGACUUUCACCGGCAAUAUCUCGACUUUUCCUUCAGUAAUUCGCUUCCGAGACAAAUGAAGGCAUUGGAUGCAUCACAGCCAUGGAUCCUGUAUUGGAUUGCAUGCUCGCUACGGAUGUUGAAUAGAAACUGGCUGACAGAAGAUGUUCAGCGCAAAAUAUACACCAAGCUCUUUGGUGCAUCGGUGCAAAAGGGACCUUUCUGCGGGGGUUACGGCCAAGAUCCGCAUUUGGUCUGUACUUAUGCAGCGAUCAAUGCUUUGGCAUUGUGCGAUAACGUUGAUGACUGCUGGGGCCAGAUUGACCGUCAAGCGAUUUACAAGUGGCUUUUGUCACUAAAAUGCAGUAAUAAUGGGUUCAAGACGGGCACUACGGUGGGCGAAUGCGAUUCCAGAUCAACGUAUUGCGCGCUCAGCGUUGCUAAAAUGCUAAAUAUACUCACACAAGAAUUAUGUGAAGGUGUUGCCGAGUUCUUGUUGCGAUGCCAAACUUACGAGGGAGGAUUUGGUGCUUGUCCUCAGGACGACGAAGCACACGGUGGGUACACAUUUUGCGCUUCUGCAGGUCUGGCCAUACUCGACAGCCUGCAAAAGAGCGACCUGUCAAAGCUUGCAGAAUGGUGCAGUGCCCGCCAAACGGCGGAGGAGAAAGGGUUUUCAGGACGCAGCAACAAGUUGGUGGAUGGCUGCUAUAGCUACUGGGUGGGGGCCGUUAAUUCGCUUCUCGAGAUAGCCGGAUUUGGAUCCUUCAUUGAGAAGACGGCGCUACAAGGAUACAUACUCAAGUGCUGUCAAUCUUCAGAAAGACCCGGUCUUCGAGACAAACCGGGCAAGUCACCGGACUAUUACCACACAGCCUACGUUUUGAUGGGAUUUUCGCUCACAGAACAUACAUUUGAAGCUGCCAAUGCACAAAAAUCGAUCAGCACUCUACCAACAGCCAAAGAGACGCAAUUGCAACCUGUAAACCCGAUAUUCGGACUUCCUAUCGACGAUGUAUCGAAAUUCAUCGCUUUCCAUUCCAAAUUACCGUCUGUCCACUAG